CAGACUGUGAGGGACGGUGUCGUCCUUCCAACAGAUAAGAGGUUUUCCUGUACUGAGUGUGGGAAAUGUUUUUCAAGCAAGUCUAUACUUUCCAUACAUCAGAUAUCUCACACAGGUGAGAAGCCCUUUUACUGUCUUGAAUGUGGGAAAUGUUUUUCAAAGAAAUUUCAUCUCAACGGCCAUCAGAGAUUGCACACGGGAGUCAAGCUGCAUUCCUGCACUGAAUGCGGAAAAUGUUUUGUAAAUAAAUCAGAACUUGUCAAACAUCAACGGUGUCACACAGGGGAGAAGCCGUAUUCCUGUGCUGAGUGCGGAAAAUGUUUUGUACAUGUAUCAAAUCUUGGAAAACAUCAAAGGUCUCACACAGGAGAGAAACCAUAUUCCUGUUCUGAGUGUGGGAAAUGUUUUGUAGUAAAAUCACAUCUUGUCGCACAUCUGAGGUCUCACACGGGGGAAAAGCCGUAUUCCUGUCCUGAGUGUGAGAAAUAUUUUCCAGACAAGUCCUCUCUUUACAGACAUCAGAGGUUGCACACAGGUGAGAAGCCGCAUUGCUGUCCUGAGUGUGGGAAAUGUUUUGUAGUAAAAUCACAUCUUGUCACACAUCUGAGGUCUCACACAGGGGAAAAGCCCUAUUCCUGUCCUGAGUGCGGGAAAUGUUUUUCAGACAAGUCCUCUUUUUACAGACAUCAGAAGUUGCACACAGGUGACUGAAGGGUUAAUGAUGUUUUUAUGCUGUAUGUUUCUCUAUUUCCCAUCUAACUAUGCAUGACUCCUAGUCAUACGAUUGUGUUUGCACAUACAUACCUUAUCAGCAGAAACUUGUAAACACUACUGGCAUCGUGUGAUUUUCACUCUUGUUCAGACCAGUUUCAAACGGUCUACCUCCUAUUGUUUUCAAUUGUGAAUAAGCUUGGGAUUUACCUUGAAUAAACCGAACAUGUGUUGACCUCC